AUGAGCUCGAAGGCAAUGGCUCGGCAGCGCAUCGUGCCUGCCAUUCCCCAUCAACUGACUGUCCGCCGCGCAAAAGUCGUUCCAGCAGGCAAGAACGACCAACAGACCGCCCGCGACAAGGGAAAGAGCGCAUCACCUCCAACCAGCGCGGACAACUCGGAAGCUGCAACGCGCACGAACGGCAUUGAACACGAAGUUGCGCAACAGCAUGACGAGAAGGCCGUCUUGCUCAACGGGUCUAAAGACGAGCAAGCCAAACAGGUGCUCGCUGAGGAGGAGCCUGUCGCAAUCAAGGAGCUUGCUGUGAACAAGGAACCCGAGGAUAAAGAGAAGCUUGUUGAGACCAAGGAAGAGCUUGCCGCCGAGAAGGAAGUGAUUGAUGAGAAGAAGGAGCCUCACCACCAAGACGCUCAAGCUCUUCCAUUCAUUCCCAAGCAUAAGCACAAGCAUAGCGAGUCUCUUGUCUUUGGCGGCCUUCAGGACUCGUCCAGCGCAUCGCCUGCUGCCAUGUCAAACUCGGUCUUCUUACCUCCUCCACCCAUGUCCGCUGUUCCUCCUGCAGUGAAUCCCUACGACAGUUUCUCUGCUGCUCAGCAAUAUCCAUCCGCCGUUCCUCCUGCACCUGUCGCUGUAAUGGCUCCUCCUCAACUGACCAACGGCCACGCCUUUGCACACACAAAUGGAAGUGCCGCCCACCUUGGAAGCAUUGCAUCUUCACCCUCGCGCACACCAUCAGUCCCACUUGGCGAUUCUGCCGUCGCUACGCCCGAUGCUUAUGUGCCACAUAAGCAUCAUGCUCCUCAACCAUCUUACCUUCCUCCUCCCCCUCUCAACAACAACGUCCAGCAUCUGGCCGACUAUGUCCUCUCGUACUGGAACCAGCAUGAGUUUGCUGACUACCUUCUUGAGCUUUACUCUGGCAACCAAUCUUCCAACCCUCUGAUGCUGCCUGUGCACGGCAUCGUUAUUGCACGCUACCCUGGUUUCCUAAAGCUCAUCAACAGCCUCCCUCAGACUCGUACUCACUCGCGUGCCACCAUCGUCCACGUCCCUCGCAGCUACUGCUUUGCCGACGCUUCUGCUUUCGCCGAUGCACUGCGCUACGUCUACGGUGGCCGCUUGAUCGAGCCCAUGUACAUUUUCAGCAACCCUGCCAGCACUCCAACCACCCGCAUGCGCUACGUCCUAUCAUACCUGGCUGCUGGUCACUUCUUGGGCGCUGAACCCAUCGUCAUGCAUGCCUAUAACAUGGCUUUGCGCAUUCUUGGUUUUAACGAGCUCGAAACUGUUCUGUUCUUUGCAGCAUGUGGCUGGUGCCUUACUGAGAAUUGUUUGUAUGGUCCCUACGCCGACCAGCUUGUCUGGCAGGCUCUGUACAUGAUCGUCUCGAACAUCAAUGCAGACUUUGUCUUUGACGCCUCGGCCCCUGAAUUCUCAUCUGUCCCUCGCCUCCCUGUCAGCUACAACUCGACCUCAACAUCUCGCCCCGACUCGCGAUCCUCUUCUGUCUUCGCUUCCUCAGACGUCCAGUCCAGCCAGCGUCCCGUGUCAGGCAUCCGUUUCGGUUCAGCAACUCCUAGCAGUUCGGACACUUCCUCGCCUAACUACCUUCUGUCAUCUGCACUUGUCUCUUUGUCCUUCGACUCCCUGAAGAUCGUCCUGGAGCACGACCAGCUGGCGGCAAAUUUGGGCAUCGAUACACUGCUUGCCAUCGCUGACGAUGUUGUGAAUGAGCGCGAGCGUCGUCGUGUCGACGCUUGCAACUCACUGCACGACCAAAAGAAGAGCCCGGAAGGCGUUCUUCUGCUUGGAGAAUCGGUGGGUCGUGAUGCAACUGGUACACGCCUUCAGCUUCACGCAACCCGCCUUGGUUGA